GUCAAACAUAUGAUAUUUGAUAUUGGGGAAAAUUGUGGUGUAGAUUGUUGAUUUAUUGAUGAAUACAGAUGAAUAUCUAAAUGUCUUUUUGUAAUACAAUACUAAACACUGACUAAACAUUAAACAGUUUCUAUGAUGGUUUCUAUGGUUAAUUAUUAUAAAAUGUAAAUAACAACACGCGCGUACAUACCAGAGGCAGCCAGAGGUAGAAUACAUACUUUGCGUACAUAUCUGAAUAUGUUAAAACGAAUUAAGUUUAAUACGAUAGCUGAACUGAUCUCAAGUUUAUUUUAUCUCUUUCUGGUACUGACUUUUUUAUUAGAAACUAUGGAUAAUAUACAUGAAGUAGAUUUAAAACCCCCAACAGAUAUUGCUUUUAAUAAUGAAUCAUUCAGUGUGGAACAUGUUAAACAAGAAAAUAAUGCUAUAGAAGAAAAUUUAAAUGGAGUAUCAUCAGAUAUUAAGUUAGAACCUAAGAAAAUUCACUUGGCACACGAAGAACGACAGACGUUUUCUUGUGUGCACUGUGACAAGAAAUAUACAAGAAAACAAAACUUAAAACAUCACAUUGCAAUUAGUCAUAUUGAUUCCAGACUGGAGAAUUCGAAGAAGAGAGUCUUCAGAUGUGGCAUAUGUGGCUUUCAAACACUCCAUAGGGGAAGUCUUAGGCAACACAAACCAGUUCAUUUGGCACCGGAAAAACGACCGUUGUUUGCUUGUAAGCAUUGUGACAAAAAAUAUACAACAAAACAAAAUUUGAAUCUUCACGUGGAGGAUAAUCAUAUUGAUUCCAGGACGAAAAAAUUGAAUGAAUCACAGAGAAAGGUCUAUGCAUGUGCAAUAUGUAGCUAUAAAACACUAGAUAAAUCACAUCUUAAUCGACACAAGUCCAUUCACUUGGCACUAGAAGAACGACAGAUGUUUAUUUGUGCGCAGUGUGACAGGAAAUAUAAGUUAAAGCGGAGUUUACAAAAUCACAUCAAAUUUCAUCAUAUUGAUUCCAGAUCGAAGGAAAUGCAGAAAAAGGCCAAUAUAUGUGCCAUAUGCGACUACCAAACGCACUAUAAGAAUCAUCUUUGCAUACACCAGGAAAUUCACUUGGCACCGGAGGAACGACAAAUGUUUGCCUGCGCGCCAUGUAACAAGAAAUAUACGUCAAAGGGCGGUUUACAAUACCACCUUGAUAAAUAUCAUAUGGAUUCCAGAAAUGCCGAUUGUACAUCUUCAACUGAUGAAGUGGUAUUAGAUUCUUUAAAAAUUGAAAUGGAUGAACUUAAUUCCCUUUUGAAUGACACUAAAAGUCCUGAAUGUGUAUCUGCCACUAAUGAAAUAAAAUCAGAUUUUAUAAAAACAGAACCUGAUGAUGUCACCCCAAUUAUGAACAAAGACAUGCACGAUGACUUUAAAAAUAUCGAAAGUGUAUAUAUACCUAAUAAGGUGAAGUUAGAAGACUUUAUAAAAAUGGAACCUGACGAUAGCGUUUUGUUUCUGGAUAAAGAUACGGAUAAUUAAAUGUAGGACAUAUUUGUAACAUUGAAAAUUUUGAAAAAUCUGUUUUGUUUAAUUUUCAUAUGUAAACAUUUUCAGUCUUAAGCUGUAUACAAUAUGUUUGUAUUAAUUUGUGAUAAAAUUUUUGUAAUUUUUAUAAUUAAAUUUGUAAUAAGUUUUA